AUGUCUGAUUCUCCAUGCCCAAGUGCUCAACGGGAGAAAUCACCAUGUCUCGCGAGCUCACUGGAUCUUUGGAUGCCGCACUACCUCCACGUCUUCCACCAAUCCCGACUUCCACGUCAACAUCACCUCCGCCUCACCAACCCCCUCUCGGUAAUCGAUCGGGGCACACCCCGGCUCACCCCCUCUUCCGACGACCCCUCACCGCAGGUUGAGGUCCACAUCCAGCACCACGGCACGGCAAGUCAAGACAGCCUAAAGAACAGGCCAAGGCCAGGAACACAGUGCAGUGCCGGGCUCCCGCAGAGCCUUGCUGCUCCCCGUCCCCGCCGCCGUGUGCCCAGCACCGCUGAAAAUCGACCGAUACCAUCCAUUCUCAGAUGCAUAACCACGCAGAAUUGCCGUCUGCUCCUGAGCCCAAACAUCUCACUAAACAAGCCCGACAAGUCCAACAUUCCACACAUUUCGCUCCUCACCAGCAAUCAUUGGCCAUAUCGGCCGUGGUACCUGAUCGGCAGAAGCCACACUGCAUUCGAGACAGGUCCUCCAGCUUCUAGGGAAAUCUCCUCCAAGCGGCUGGCUGCGCAAGCCUUCUGUCUCAGCACAAGACAGGCCGGUGGUCGCAUUCAAUCCAGCACUCUACGCUCGGUUUCUCAAUCAUCAAAUAUUCUGCUCUUUACGACGUCUUACAGGCCAGGCCCCUCGUCAUUGCCUCGUCGAAUCACAUAUUUGGUUGCUCCGAGUACAGGAUAG